AUGCUCACUCCAAUUUUCCUGUUACUAAUCAUUGAGCUGCCCUUUUCUGUGUCGAGGACAGAAAAGUUCCUCUCCUUCCCACAGAGCAGUCCUCAUGUCUCCCAAGAUGGGGACCUGAUCAUUGGGGGAUUUUUCUCCCUAUAUUCUCUUGAAGUAAGCAGUUUCACAGGAUCUGAACAUCACAAGGCCUGCCAUACUUAUCAAUGGAUGCAUAAAAAUUACCAGCAAGUACUGGCUCUGAAGUUUUCUGUGGAGAUCAACAAGAACCCCAGUCUGUUACCCAACACUACCCUGGGAUAUCCCAUCUACAAUGCCUACCCUAGUGAUGCAAGGACCAUGGAGAGCUCCCUGAUGUGGCUGUCAGGAUCAAGCCACAUGAUACCCAAUUACAGCUGUUCAAGGCAGGACAAAUCUGUGGCUCUCAUUGGAGGAGCUACAUAUUCAUUAUCUGUCCAGAUGGGGACCCAGGUGGGAAUAAUGAAACUUGCAUCAAUCAGCUAUUGUCCAUUUGAUCCCAUUCUGAAUGACAAAGUCAAAUUUCCUUUUCUCUAUCAAAUGACUCCAAUGGACUCCUUUCUCCAUGUGGGUAUAGUCAGGCUACUGUUAUAUUUUGGCUGGAACUGGGUGGGGCUCGUUGCCCCAGAUGACAUGAGUGGUGAAACAUUCUUCUGGGAUAUGCAAACAGAGAUGUCCAGUAAUAAUGCCUGCGUAGCCUUUACAGAGAAGAUUGUUAGUGAGAGACGCCAUGCUGAAUCCCAUGUGGCUUUCAUGCCCAGGAUCCUGCAAUCAUCAGCCACAGUGAUUGUCAUUCAUGGGGAUUCAGAUACACUAAUGAUCCUGAGACAUUCACAGAAUCCUGCCUUUCUAGUAUUGAAGGUGUGGGUUGUCACAUCUCAUUGGGAUAUUACAGUUAGACCUCAUAAUUUAGUUGCAUACAGUUUUCAUGGGGCUUUAAUAUUUUCACAACAGACAAGAGAAAUUCCUGGAUUCAAACAUUUUCUCAGAUUAAUAAACCCUACUAAGUACCCUGAGGACACUUUCCUUAAGAGUUUCUGGCAAUCAGUUUUUAUGUGUACAGGUGAUCCCAUAGUAGUGGAAGGAGAGAAAUGUUCACCAAAUACUUCCUUGGAGAAUCUGCCUUUGCAUCAUUUUGACAUGACCAUGUCUGAACUGAGUUAUACCAUCUACAAUGCUAUGUAUGCAGUGGACUGGGCCCUUCAUGAAAUGUCCCUGAUCAGAUCAGAAAUAGAAUUUAUAGACAAUGAAGAAAGUCAUCUGGUACCUUGAUUCUAGCAGGUCCAUUCCUUCCUGAAGAACAUCCAAUUUAACAACAGUACUGGGUACCAGGUGGUUCUGGAUGAACAAAGAAAUUCCGUGGCUGAAUAUGAUAUUCUGAACUACCAAGCCUGCCCUGAUAAUCCUGAAGUUCUUGUGAAUGUUAGGAAGUUUCUGCCCCAGACUCCAUUUGGGCAUGAUUUCACCAUCUGUGAGGAGACAAUUGUGUGGGGCUGGAUUGAUUCAAAGGUGCUAAAGGCUAGGUGCAGUGAAAGUUGUGGCCUUGGAUUCAGGAAGCUGUCUCAAGACAGGGAACCUGUUUGUUGCUUUGAUUGUGUCCAGUGCCCAGAGGGGGAAAUUUCCAAUCAGAAGGAUAUGGACAACUGUGUGAAAUGCCCAGAAGGUAAGUUUCCAAAUGGAAUGAGAGAUGGCUGUCUCUCCAAGGUAGUGACCUUCCUCAAUACUGAAGAACCUUUGGGAUUUGUUCUGGCCUGUACUGCUCUUUUCUUCUGUCUCCUCACAGCUGUGGUCUUUGGGAUCUUUGUGAAGUACCAAGAUACUCCCAUAGUCAAAGCCAAGAACAGGAAUCUCAGCUAUGCUCUCCUUAUCUCCCUGUGCUUCUGUUUCCUCUGCUCCUUGCUCUUUCUUGGCCGCCCAUCCUCAGUAACAUGCCUCCUACGGCAGACGAUGUUUGCAGUUGUGUUUUCUGUGGCAGUUUCCUCAAUUCUGGCCAAAACUAUCACUGUGGUUCUGGCCUUUAAAGCGACAAGACCAGGAAACAGGAUCAGGAACUGGGUGAGCCCUAGAGUGUCCAUCUCUACUGUUCUCAUCUGCUCUCUGAUCCAGGUGACUUUUUGUUGCAUAUAGCUGGGAACUUCUCCCCCCUUUCCAGGUAUAGACAUGAAUUCUGAGCCUGGAUACAUCAUUAUGGAGUGUAAUGAGGGAUCUGUCAUUGCCUUCUACUGUGUCCUGGGCUACAUGGGCUUCCUGGCCCUUGGGAGCUUCAUCAUGGCCUUCCUGGCCAGGAACCUUCCUGACACCUACAAUGAAGCCAAGUUCAUCACCUUCAGCAUGCUGGUCUUCUGCAGUGUCUGGAUCUCCUUCUUCCCCACCUACCGGAGCACCAAGGGGAAGGCCAUGGUGGCUGUGGAAGUCUUCUCCAUCUUGAGCUCCAGUGCUGGGCUACUGGGUUGCAUUUUCAUUCCCAAAUGCUAUAUAAUCCUGCUGAGGCCAGAGAGAAACACUCAAGAAUCAUUAAAAAAAAAAAUGUGA